AUGCCGCCAAAGCGAGCCGCCACGUCCGUUGCCUCGACCCAGCGCGAAACGCGCCCAACUGCAGGAGGACGCCGCGCCAGAGCCGCAACCAGUAGAGCGGCGCCUCCUCCAAGUCACGGCGCAAACUGGCCAUAUGGACCACCGCCAGAACUGCCUACCGUCACGCCCAAUACGGCAACAGAGCAGCCCGAUUUCGUCAACUUUGGCACGAACGCACCCCUCGAGCUCAGGGGGGUGAUCACCCAGUGGCGCACGCGCAUCGACGAGGCCUUUGCCAUCUACAACGACUUCUUCGUCGACCUCAACGGCAUCCGCAUCCCUACAACGAACAUCGACGGGUACGCAGCCUGGAAGACGGCACAUCACCUUCUGAAGACCGAAAUCGAGGACGCCGAGUACCUCCUCCAGUCAUUUUUUACACUCGAUACGCGCGUCCAAUUUGGCAGCACGGAGGAGCUGGUAUCCAGGCGGUUCAACGAACUCACCAAGCGAUCCUUGGAGUUCUUUGACAAGUACAGCGGUGUCAUUGGCUGGAUGCCGGGCCUUAUUGAUCAUCUCAAGAUGACUGCUCCGGAUGGCUCCACGCUCUAUCACCCGCGACUUCCGUAG